AUGGCGAAGUGUCAAGCUGUAUUUCUUUUGGUUGGCGCUCUCUGCGUCCUGUCUUUGGCCGGUGUCGCCAAUGCCGCUGAGAACCAUUUCAAAGUCCAGGGCAUGGUGUACUGUGACACUUGCCGUAUCCAAUUUAUGACCCGCGUUAGUACAAUAAUGGAAGGGGCAACUGUGAAGUUGGAAUGCAGGAACAUUACAGCAGGAACUCAGACUUUCAAGGCUGAAGCUGUAACAGACAAGGUAGGACAGUACAGCAUCCCUGUUGAUGGAGAUUUCGAAGACGAUAUCUGUGAAAUCGAGUUGGUUAAGAGCCCGAACAGCGAAUGCUCUGAGGUUUCACAUGAUGUUUAUGCCAAGCAAACUGCUAAGGUUAGCCUAACAUCUAACAAUGGUGAAGCUUCGGAUAUUCGCAGUGCUAACGCUCUCGGUUUCAUGAGGAAGGAGCCCCUUAAAGAGUGCCCUGAGGUUCUCAAGGAGUUGGAUCUUUAUGAUGUUAAAGCUAAUUAAGUAAUUAUACAAAAUGUACAAUUUUUUUUACCAGUUUGAAUGUAAUACCAGAAUAAGCAUAUGACAUUUUUUUUUUUCCAAAAAAAAAGGGGGUGCAAGAACAAAAAGUUUUAGUUAUAUAGAGGUAUAAUUUAUUCAUCAAUUUUAAGAAAAUUUAAUUGUAGCCUUGUAAUGGGAGUUUAUUGAUUUUUCUUGCACCCUUUGUGAGUUUGGUGUUGAGGUUUUAACAUGUAAUGUCAUUUUGCUCAUUUUGGAUUGAUGUGGAUGUAAGCUUUUGUAUUUUCUCUCUAUAUUUUUUCUUUAAUUCCCUUUUUAAAAAUUUGUCUAACACAUAUAAAGAAAAAUUUUACACAAAUAUUGUGUCAUGCAAAUAUUAUA